UUCAUAUAUCAAAAUUUGUCACUUUUGACAGCACGUGGUCCAUGAACAUUAUCUGCAGCAAUUCUGUACGGUCUAUAUUUGCAGUUGGAUAACUUGGACGCGCUCAAUUAUUUUUGCUCCUUGGAAAACCUAUCAAGCAGCUGAACUUUUCCGCUCUGUCCACAAUAUAUCUGGUUUAUAUUUCCAUUAUUGGGUCUAAUUGUUUGGUUUUGGUUCAGGGUAAAGAAAUCAUGGAGGAUAGGCUUGAUUUGAUCAGCGGCUUACCGUUUGAAAUCCUCCGGCGCAUCUUGUCGCUCCUCCCAUUAGAAGAGGCAGUAAGAACUAGCACUCUUUCAACUGUCUGGAAGAACCUUUGGACACCAUUUCAAGUAGAUGUGGACUUCGAUACAAACCAAAUAACCAAUCAUGAAGAUUGCAAGAGAGUAAUUCAAGUCAUCGGUGCAAUAUUAAGGUCUUAUUAUGACUGUCCAGAGGUAUGGAAGUUGUGCCUUAACUUCCCGGAGAGCAAGAAAGAUCUGAUUGUCUUGGCUACAAAGGGAGCAGAAAAUGAGGUUCAUUUUGGGUUCUCCAAAAGAGAGAAAACAAGUGGUAAGUUCAAGCUGAAAUUGGAGCAAACUUGUCAGGGCUUUUCUAACAAUCCCACAAAGAAAGCAAGCUUUUCUAUUCUCAAAACCCUGCAUCUCAGGUCAGUGUCCCACCUUGCCAAAGACUUGGUUUCGGCUUUGUUCUCCAAUUGUCAGCUUCUUGAAAGUUUGAAGAUUGAAAAGUGUGUUGGAUUAGAAAGCCUUGAUAUAGAAGCAGGGAACUGUCUGCAGAACUUGGUGGUGUUGGAUUGUCCAGAUAUUGUGGAUCUCACUAUCUCUGCACCAAUCCUCAAGUCAUUUAGUUAUCAAGGAGUUCUUCCACAGAUUCAUUUGGUAAACACUUUAAACUUGGUCAACGUGGUGCUUAACUUGAAGGAUGGACUUGGCAAUAAUGAGUUUGAUUGUGAGGAAAUCCUAUUGCUUUUGGCCUCUCUCAAGGAAGUUGAGAUUCUCACUAUAAGCGGCUGGCUUCUUGAGUGGCUGUGUUCAGCAGGGGUGAUCUUCAGGUGCCUCAGAUUCCAAUUCAACAAAUUAAAGGAAUUAAGGUGGAUUGAUUCUUUGAUCAACAGGUCCAAGAGGGACUCAUUGGCUUGCUUCCUAAACAUAGCGCCUAUCUUGGAAAGGUUGUUUAUCAAAAUUGAACGUGCCAACAACUGUGUCCCCUGUCCUAAUUUUCACCAAUACUGGCAUGAGCCUCACUUGUGGAUGGAUUUUGCAACCGUUGAGUCCAAUACUUCACAACUUGAUCACCUCAAAGUUGUUACGUUUCUGGGCUUUAGCAUCAAAGAAGAUCAACUACUACUAAUGGAGCUUUUACUUAAGAAGGCAAGUAUGCUAAACUCAAUGUCUGUUAUAUUACCGACGAAUCGAAUAUGGCGGGUUGUCAAGGUCUCUCUGCAUGAUCAGCCGAAGCAAGCAUCAUCGAACCACCAAAACCAGAUUGCUGUUUUAUCUCCGACCAAGGACUUCUUCUUUGGAUUUACAGAAGAAAUUUACGGUGGUCACUGUCCAGCAAAUGCUAACGUCAAGUUUUGUGAUUAGUGCAUAAUAAAAGUUGAUCAACAGUAAAUCCAGAUGAAAUUAAUAUUCCAAUUACAACCAUCCAUAUUAUAUAGUAUUCUUAACA